AUGAAAUUAUAUGAAUUAUUACCAAACGAAUUAUUACAAAAAAUAGCCGUCUUUUUACCUAGACAAUCUAUAGCCGUACUUUGUCAAACAUCUAAAAUAGGAUAUAAGCUCUUUUUACCUACUCUUUAUCGUCAUAUUGAACUGGGACAUCGAGCCCAAAUGAAGCAACUUGAAGAGGGACUUCUUCAUAAUCAAUUUUUACGAGAAACUCUUAGACGCUACACAUAUCGUUUGACACUUAAAUGUCGACAAGGAGGGGGUCAUCAUUACUGCUGGUUAUUUAUUAUAUCUAUUUUAUGUGCUAAAGAAUUAAUACCGAAUGUGAGACAGCUUUGUUUUCGUGACUUUUUAACUUUGUCCGUGCAUAAAGUCAAUCGAAUUGUGAGAUCCUUACCUUAUUUAACACAUGUUGAUUUUCAAUAUUGCAAUUUAAUUACCAUAGCAACAGAAAAGAUGGAAACGGGGACCCAUCCUCUCAUAAAGGAAUUAAAUUUACUUUGGACAGAUUUUACAAUAGAUGCCAUUCAAGAAUUAUUACAGCAUAUGCCUCAUCUAAGUUGUGUUGUAUUAGGUGCCAAUCAUAAUCGAACCCCUUUAGCGAAUGACGCUGCACUUGAUGCCUUAACAAGACACUGCCCUGAUAUAGAAGCAUUAUCUAUUUCAUUGCAGCAAGUAAAAGAGGGCUCCUUAUGUCAAGCUAUUGAGCUCUAUGGACCUCGACUAAGGCAUCUAUCUAUACGAUGUGAAGGAUAUGAUACGCUAUGGGCUAUUUCAAACUAUACACGACAAUUGCAAGAUUUAAUAAUUAGAUGGUGUUGUGAUAGCAAUAAAGGAGAUGAUCAAAAUAAGAUGAUAAAAGUCUUGGAGAUGUGUAAAGAUUUGAACCGUUUAGAAAUAAUCAGUUGUUGGCCUCUUCACGAUUAUUUUUUACCUCAUUUAACUAACGGUUGGCAAGUAGAUCAAGCAAUUUUAUCAGAAGAGGAUCGAGUUGUAGUUAUUCGAUUUGGGCAUGAUUGGGAUCCUAUUUGCAUGCAAAUGGAUGAAAUUUUGUAUAGCAUUGCAGAAAAAGUAAAGAAUUUUGCAGUUAUUUAUUUGGUUGACAUUACAGAAGUACCAGAUUUUAAUAAGAUGUAUGAAUUAUAUGAUCCAUGCACAACCAUGUUCUUUUUCCGAAAUAAACAUAUUAUGGUCGAUUUGGGUACUGGUAAUAACAAUAAGAUCAAUUGGGCACUUGAUGAUAAGCAAGAAAUGAUUGACUUGAUAGAAAUUGUGUAUCGUGGUGCAAGAAAAGGAAGAGGUUUAGUCGUAUCACUUAAAGAUUAUUCUACCAAAUAUAAAUACUAG